AAAAAUAUUUCAAGCCAAGGCAGCAAGGCGUCGCUUGCCUGCAGAUGGUAGAAAUAUUAGCCUGUCUUCCCUUGUAGGGAGGUUCAUUUCACGUCCGAUUUACUUCUUAGAAUUUUACCCAUUGUCAGAUGCGAUCCUUUGUUUACAAUCAACCAAUCAGCAAACAACGCGCGGCUCUAUCUUCGCAUUUAAUUUUUGGGGAGGCAUUUAGGCACACACCAAUACCACUGCCUCUUGAUAUUUCCUCAAUUUAAAGAUGGGAGCUUCUACACUUGCCGGUGUUUUGUUGUUUCUUCAACUAACUGGAUUAAUUCACUGCCAAGCGGGCGAAAAAAUGACCUUUUCCAUGCCAAAAAUGUCAGACGAGGAACAACAUUCGCAACAUGUGCCAGUUAAUUUGAAAUGCGAUGCUUGUACAGCAGUGGCCUACCAGAUGGCUAGAAUUCUGGGUGAUGCUGAGAGGAAGGUUGGUGGAAGGAAGUUAAAGGAGUCAGAGUAUCUUGAUGUAUUUGAAAAAGCAUGUGACUGGGAAGUGUAUCAAGACUAUGGCAUCAAAAAUGUAAAUGGUGUGAAUAGAAUUUCUGGAGAUGGCCUUGAAGCAAAAGAUGUUCCUGGCAUGCUUGGUGGUGGAGGCAAAUGGCCUGGACGUCUUGCAGAAAAAUGUGGCUUGCUAGUUGGGGAAAUAGGAGAAGAUGAAAUUUAUGCUGAAUUUAGAAAGAAGAAGAAUUUAAAGAAACUACUAUGUAAAGUUUCAACAAAGGAUUGUGUGAACAUAGGAAAAGAUGAACUAUAAUGUUGAAAGUUUUGAUGUAGAUUAGCUAUUCUUGUCACGUUUUUUUUAGAUCCAAGUAGUGUAUAAAAUUGUGUUUUAAGUGAUUAUGUCAGAUGUGAAUAUUCCUUGAUAUGUGUCUAAAGUUUCAAGCAAUUUACAGUCGUGUUUGAUUAAUUUAGAGCCGAUUGAAGUAUAGUUUGCAAACAGUAAAAAUGUCAGUAUCCUGUUUUGCUGUUGGACUAAGAUUAAAUUUAUGAGUGUUUUGUAAAACAUGUGACCAGGAAUUGUUUUUCA